GAAAUUAAUUACGUAGACUUCAAUGACGAGACUGGAUGUGAUAACAAAAGAAGUACAAGAUAUUAAAACAAGUUUGCAAUAUACUCAAAAAGAAGUUGAUGAUCUAAAAACAAACCUAAGUAAACAGUGUGAGCAAAGUAAAACUGUACAAAAUGACAUUUUUAAAAUAUGUGAAAGCCUUUUGACAGUGACUGACAAAUUAGACCAUCUUGAAGGCCAAUCAAAAGGGAAUAACCUCAUAUUUGAGGGGGUAACAGAGUCACCAAGCGAAAUAUGGGCAGAGUUAGAAAGAAAAGUCAAACUAAUUAUUAAGGAAAAGUUACAAAUUUCAGAGGACAUAGAGUUGGAAAAAGUACAGCGAACAGGAAAGACUGGAAACAAUCAGAAUCGACCGAGACCAAUUUUGGUAAAAUUUCUACGACUGAAAGACAAAUCCAAGGUACUACAGUAUGCAAAGAAGCUCAAAGGAACAAACAUGUACAUAAAUGAGGACUAUACAGAUGCUGUGAGACAAAAAAGGAGAGAGCUCUUGCCACAAAUGAGAGAAGCACGUAAAAGAGGAGACAUAGCAUUUCUACGCCAUGACAAAUUAAUAAUUCACUCCAGAAACACAAGUACUCCAAAAACACCUAGGAAUGAAUAGACUCAACCACAAGCAAUAAAUAAAUAAACAAAUACAUAAAUAAAUACAUAAAACUAAAAUAUAAUGAAAAAAGAAAAUAUGAAUAGGAGGUAAUAUUGAUUCAUGGCAUUUGCUCAGUAUAAUACUAACUCAUUUGAUUUUACUCAAUAUACAAGUUACCAGCAAGACUUGGAGGAUGAACAUGAACCUGAUGUGUUUUUUGAAACAACUAACAUGAAUUGUACAUAUUACACCAGUGAUGUUUUUUGUCAAAAUGUUGACUAUGGUAUGACAUUGUCUAUAAUACAUUUUAAUAGUAGAAGCAUGCAUAAAAAUUAUACUUCUAUCAAAGAAUAUCUGCAACAGUUUAGUCAUUCUUUCAGUGUUAUCGCUGUAUCUGAAACCUGGUUUAAGGAAGACAAUAUUUUUCAUUUUGAAUUAGAGGGAUAUGACCUUAACUAUAUUAACAGAUUGAAUAAACCAGGGGGUGGAGUUGCUUUAUAUGUUAAGAAAGAUAUGAAGUUCAAAAUAAUUACCCAUAUGACUAUGACAAUAGACAAUGUACUUGAAUGUUUGACAAUUGAAAUCUGUUGUGAGAAAAGGAAAAAUGUUAUAAUAACGUGUGUAUACAGGACGCCAGGCUCGAACAUGGAACAGUUUAUACAAUGGAUUGAAAAAAUGUUUUCUGAUGUUCGUAACAAAACUGUAUUUAUUUGUGGUGACUUCAAUAUUGACCUGAUGAAUCCCAAUAAGCACAAAUCCACAGAUGAUUUUAUCCAAACUUUGUACAGCAUGAGUUUCUAUCCAACUAUCAACAAACCAAGCAGAAUUACAACCCACAGUGCUACACUCAUUGAUAACAUAUUCACAAAUAACAUUGAAUCCAAUAAGAGAAGUGGACUGCUGACUUGUGACAUAACAGAUCACUUACCUGUCUUCACAAUGUAUGAUUAUGAAAUUCCCAAAAUACCAACUCAAAAAUAUUUUUACAAACGGUUAAGAACAGAUAAUGCAAUUAAUUCUCUCAAAAAUGAUUUAAGUGAGCAAAAUUGGGACAUGGUUUAUAAUGUAAAAGAUGUAAAUCAAGCAUAUAACAAUUUUUUGAAAAUAUUCUGUUCACUAUAUAACAAA